CCCAGGCCGAACGUCUUCGGUCAUCUCCGGUGCUUCAAAAGGCUCUUCUUGUAAUCUUCCGAAGCCCUUGGAGAUAGUAAUUUGAGAAAUAUCCAUUUUAUUAAUGAUUUGCAAACACAGAGAAAUACCGGUGGGCAAUCUGUCGGCCAUUAAUUCAGAGCCCUUGAUUUUUACAUUGUGGAAGCGUAAAGUGCUUUAACCUUUAACCUCUAACCUCCGGCCAGGGGCAUCGGAGAGAAACGCCUCCGUCUCUAUAUAAGGAAUUUCCGGGCUUUUUGCGGCCUUUUUCCUCUUAGCGUUAGGCUCCCUCGCCUGCGCUCCUUUUUACCUCCGCUGCGGCCCAGUUCCCAGAUCGACAAUCGCCAUGGGUUUUGGAGACUUGAAAAGCCCCGCCGGCCUCCAGGUGCUCAACGACUACCUGGCAGACAAGAGCUACAUCGAGGGGUAUGUGCCAUCACAAGCAGAUGUGGCAGUAUUUGAAGCAGUCUCCGGCCCACCACCUGCCGACUUAUGUCAUGCCCUACGUUGGUAUAAUCACAUCAAAUCUUAUGAAAAAGAAAAGGCCAGCCUGCCAGGAGUGAAGAAAGCUUUGGGCAAGUAUGGCCCUGCCAAUGUGGAAGACACCACAGAAAGUGGAGCUACAGACAGUAAAGAUGAUGAUGACAUUGACCUCUUUGGAUCCGAUGAUGAGGAGGAAAGUGAAGAAGCUAAGAGGCUAAGAGAAGAACGCCUUGCACAGUAUGAGUCAAAGAAAGCCAAAAAACCAGCACUUGUUGCCAAGUCUUCCAUCUUAUUAGACGUGAAACCUUGGGAUGAUGAGACAGAUAUGGCAAAACUAGAGGAGUGCGUCAGAAGCAUUCAAGCAGAUGGCUUGGUCUGGGGCUCUUCCAAACUAGUUCCGGUGGGGUAUGGAAUUAAAAAACUUCAGAUACAGUGUGUAGUUGAAGACGAUAAAGUUGGAACAGAUAUGCUGGAGGAGCAGAUCACUGCUUUUGAGGACUAUGUGCAGUCUAUGGAUGUGGCCGCAUUCAAUAAAAUCUAAAAUCCAUCGUGGACUGUUGCCCUUCAAUAAAAGUUUGAAAGACAA